UUAUUUCAUGAUUUUUGGUAAAAAUAAAAGAGGUGUUAAAAUUCUUUAACCCAAACUAAUAAAAUUAGCUGAUAUUUGUGGUAGUUGUAAUCGAAAAAGGCGUAUGAACUACGUUCCCUGUGGCGGGGACAUGAGCAGAAGGAACAUCAUAAAACUCAUAGAUCGCAGCUUGGCCAAACUGAUGGCGGCGGCAGCAUCCAGUUCGCGGCAGGGUCGCAAGUACGCCGAGGGCACCCAGCCCUUCACCGUCCUCAUCGAGGGCAACAUCGGAAGCGGCAAGACCACGUAUCUGAACCACUUCGAGAAGUACAAGCAGGACAUCUGCCUGCUCACCGAGCCCGUGGAGAAGUGGCGCAACGUCAAUGGGGUCAAUCUGCUGGAGCUGAUGUACAAGGACCCCAAGAAGUGGGCCAUGCCCUUUCAGAGUUAUGUCACGCUGACCAUGUUGCAGGCGCACACCGCGCCCACCGACAAGAAGCUAAAAAUAAUGGAGCGCUCCAUUUUUAGCGCGCGCUACUGCUUCGUGGAGAACAUGCGACGCAACGGUUCCCUGGAGCAGGGCAUGUUCAAUACACUGGAGGAGUGGUACAAGUUCAUCGAGGAGUCCAUUCAUGUGCAGGCGGAUCUCAUCAUCUACCUGCGCACCUCGCCGGAGGUGGCGCACGAGCGCAUCCGCCAGCGAGCCCGCUCCGAGGAGAGCUGUGUGCCGCUCAAGUACCUCCAGGAGCUGCACGAGUUGCACGAGGACUGGCUGAUACACCACAGGCGCCCACAGUCCUGCAAGGUCCUUGUGCUCGAUGCCGAUCUGAAUCUAGAAAACAUUGGCACCGAGUACCAACGCUCGGAGUCCAGCAUCUUCGACGCCAUCUCCAGCAACCUCGCGCCGUCGCCGGUUUUGGUGUCGCCCAGCAAGCGCCAGCGUGUCUCCAGAUAACUAACUUUUAAUAUAAGAGGCGCAGACGAGCCGAUCCGCGGGACAAGGCAAAGAAUAAUCCACUUACACUUCAAGCCCCUGAUGAACGCAUUCGUAUUUUAACAAUUAUAAUCCACAUUAUAUUCUAUCCACAGAAACUAGUUUAUAAGCACAAAAAUUGUAAUAAAAGAUGUGAGUGUUUAUGUUAAAUGAAAGCCACUAACUAUGUACUGCUGAAGAAACAUGCAGUUUCUCGAAGGCAUUUCAGUCAAGAAGAUAGCAUUUUUAUAGUUUAAUUUUAGUUGGACCAAGAAAUGAAUACGGGGUGAUUUUCCCGAAAAAAAAUAA